ACCUAACUGUUUUAUGGUGCUGCUGCGGGUGGUACCGGUCUCCGCGCGACCCGCCGCUCAGUGUGUCUCAGUCUCGGGUGGUAUCGGUCUCCCCCGGACCCACGGAUCAGUGACUCUCAGUCGGUCGGUCCGCUCAGCCAUGCUGACCUCUCUACUGGCGAUCGGUGGCUCCGUGCGCCACCUAACCAGUGCCGCGCGCGGCGCGCCCUGCCUGGUGCGCCACCUGAGCUCCGGGCCCGGCAGUCCGGAGCCGGAGGACGGCCGCGGCCGGCGCGCCGCCCGGCUGGCCGCGCUGGCCGCCGGCGCCGCGCUGGCCGGCUCGGCACUGUGGCUGGCGCAGCAGCGGCGCGGCCGGCUGACGGCGGUCAGCGCCGCCAGCAGCGGCCAGUACGGCCAGCGGCGCGCCGACCUGCCCACCUUCUCCAUGGAGGAGGUGUCGCGACACGCCGACGUCAAGGAGCGCGUCUGGAUGACCUACCACGAGGGCGUGUAUGACGUCACCGACUUUGUGCGCCAGCACCCUGGCGGUGCGGCCAUCAUGAUGGGCGCCGGCGGCUCUGCCGACCCGUUCUGGGACCUCUACGCCGUCCACAAGGAGGAGCAUGUGCUCAAACUCCUCGAGCGCUACCGGAUCGGUAACGUUCGUGAGGACGAGGUGGGCAGCCACCGGGAUGGCACCGACGACCCGUGGGCGGCCGAGCCGCGCCGCCACCCGGCGCUCAAGCCCAGCUCCAAGACGCCGUUCAACGCCGAGCCGCCGCCAGCGCUGCUCGCCGACAACUUCCUCACGCCCAAUGACCUGUUUUACGUGCGUAACCACCUGCCGGUGCCGGUCGUUGACCCGUCCGAGUACGAGUUGGAGGUGGACGGCGUGGGAGUGGGCGGCCUCACCCUGAGCCUGGAGCAGCUGAAGAGGGACUUUCCGGCCGUCACCGUCACCGCCACCGUCAUGUGCGCAGGUAACCGUCGCAGCGAGAUGACCCAGGUGAAGCCGGUGCGGGGUCUGUUCUGGGGCGCCGCCGCCGUCGGCAACGCCACGUGGACUGGCGCCCGGCUGACCGACGUGCUGAAGGCGGCCGGCUACGACGUCAACAGCGGGCCCGGAAAACACGUCUGCUUUGAGGGUCUGGAUACGGACCCGUCCAGCACCCCGUACGGCGCCUCGAUCCCGCUGGAGACGGCCGUCGACCCGCGCCGCGACGUCAUCCUGGCCUACGAGAUGAACGGCCAGCCCCUGAGCCGGGACCACGGCGCGCCCGUCAGGGUCAUCGUGCCGGGCGUGGUCGGCGCCAGGAACGUCAAAUGGCUCGGUCGGAUCACGGUCUCGGACACCGAGUCCGACUCGCACUGGCAGCACAGCGACUACAAGGGCUUCAACCCGUCCGUCGACUGGGACACGGUCGACUUCAGCAAGUCGCCGGCCAUCCAGGAGCUGCCCGUCAACUCGGCCAUCUGCUGGCCAGCGCCCGGACACACCGUCAAGGUCAAGGACGGACACGUGCACGUCAAGGGCUACGCGUGGAGCGGCGGCGGCCAGCGGAUCGUGCGCGUCGACGUGACGGCCGACGGCGGCGCCACGUGGCACGACAUGGCGCUGACGGUGGAGGAGGCGGCGCCGGCCGGCCGCUGCUGGUCCUGGUGUCUGUGGCAGGGCCGGGUGCCCGUGCCGCCCGGCGCCACAGCAGCCCAGCUCUGGGUGAAAGCCACCGACGCCAGCUACAACACCCAGCCGGAGACGUUCAAAAACAUCUGGAACCUGCGCGGCGUGCUCAGCAACGCCUACCACCGGGUCGACGUCCACCUGAAGAGGGUGUAGGACGCCCAACGCCUACCACCGGGUCGACUUCCACCUGAAGAGGGUGGAGACCGCGCCGGGGCCGGAACGCGAUGGAGAGAGCGCGGGAGACGCGCAGGAGAGAGCACUGGAGCGGCGCGACGGAAUGAGGCCGCGGGUGAAGUAAAGGAGUGGGUUCGUCGGGACAGAUCAGAGGACAGAUCGCUGCAGCCGAUGGUCAGUGUAUAGGCCCGCGUGCAGUAACAGCUAGGGAGUAAGGGCUUUUGUCGUCCGGGAUAGUUGAUGCGAUAUCGCUUUCAACCAUGACUUGAGUUGAAUAGUUCUGUUCACAAGCCAUGAAAUUAGCUGAUUGCGUGUAAGGUGAUACAUGCAGAAAGGAGUCACUACUGAGCCCUCAGUUAGGUUUCACAUGGUGUUAAAAAGGCUCUCUGGGCCAGACUAGUCUCGAUAUAGACGGACCUCAAAGUUAGCGUCUUUAGUUGUUAAAGGAAAAGGGCCACCUUCGUGAAAUAUGAAAAUAUCGUUGUUUUUCAUUUUGACAUUAUUAUUUUUCAUUUUCUUUUUAAAACUGGUGCCAGAAGUGCACAAUUCGCGAAAAAGUAUUUACAAAUAUUUAACAUAUUGGUACUAUGUUGAUACUCUCUACGGCACCUACUGUAUGAUGGCAUAGCGAUGACGUCACACUCAAGCCAAUCAGCGUUCAGAAGACAGACUCGUCGGAUUGUGUCAGAUAAGCUGAUUGGUUAAAGCUGAGCUGGUUGGAGCUGAUUGGUAAAAAACCAAAGCCUCGCCGCGGGUGGCUGUAUUGUCGGAUAAGAACGCAUUCCUGGGAUAAGGACGCAUUCCUGGCGUAUUUUCUUUUAAAAUUGCCGAUAACUACGAAUGGAGGCCGAAAUCGGCCGUAAGGAGGUAGACAAUUAGGUUUUCGGACACGGGCUACAAGAUGGCUAUCUCAGUUUCAAUCCCCAUGUUAAAGGUGGCCCUUUUCCUUUAAGAACGACCACUUGCCAUUAUUGUUCAUGUAGAAUAUCGCUCUAGAAUGUGGCACUGCCAGCA